AUGAGUGUCAGAGUGAAACUCGAUAAUAAAGAAAGAGGUUAUUACGCUUCUUUGUAUUAAGCAGUGGAUGCUACAGUAUCUGAAUAAAUUAUGCUAUUAGAAUACAGGUUAAAUUGGUGGAGCUUAAGCAGUCACCUUUUUCAAAAGGUCAGGAUUAUCAAUAGAUCUUCUCAAGAAGAUUUGGUUAAUUAGUUCACCAAAUAAUUAAACUUUGAAUAAGGAGGAAUUCUAUGUAGCUCUUAAGCUCAUCAGUUAUGCUCAAAAUAAUAUUGAGGUUUCGAAUGAUUCCAUUUAAAGAUGCAUUCCAAGUCCAUUACCAUAAUUCUAAUCUGAUACAGAAGAAGUUUACAAACUAAGACCUGAAUAAGAGAGGUUAUAUCAAAAUUAUAUAUAAUAAUUAGAUCAUUCCAAUUCAACAGUACAGAUAUAUACAAUUAUUAGGUCUCAACUUAAAUGGCAAUGAAUUUAUUCAAGAAAUCUCCAAUCACUUAAUUCUAAUUAUAGAAUAUCAUCAAUCUAGUUGAUCCUACCCUAUAAACCAAACCAAGGAUGACUACCCAUUCCUAUAUUAUUAUCACUCAUCUAAUAUCUUUAACCUCUUAGAGUGUACCAAUACCAUAAAAAUUACCAAAUUCCUUAUAAGAAUACUUAAAUUAACAAAUCUUGAUAUCUUAAAAUCUUAAUGUUAAUAAUCCAACUAUUAAUCCUUAACCCACCGUCGUUCCUAAAUCUAAUGAUUUAAUAGACUUUGAAGCAAAUUUUGACAAAUCUAAAUCUCCCAUUGAAAAAUGUAUCUAUCUUAGAAUAAUAUUUAGAUAGUGCCUUCAAUUACAUAGAAAUUCCUAAUCCUGUUAUUGAGUAAACUGCCUAAUAAUAGCCAUAGACAUAGCUAGUGGCAUCUCAAUCAUUCAAAAUACCAGGUACAUCAACUUAAUAACCAAUUUUAAAACAAUAAAAGUCUUUUGAUUUAAUUUUGAAUGAAAACGAUUCCCAACCAUAAUAGAGUCUAUAGUAAAAUGUUCCAUAAUCAUAGCAAUUAACUGCUGUUUAAACAUAACAAAUUGCUUAAUAACCUAAAAAGACAAUAGAUUUAUAAAAAUAAGUUUUACUUCAAGAUCAAAUAUUCUUACAACAGCAAUAGUUAGAAUAAAAUUUCAAGGAGGCAAAUGAUCUACUAAAUGAAUUCAAGGAAUCUCAUGAAAAGAUUUUGAUUUCAAGUUAAAGUUAAUUGGAAUCACUACAGACUACAAAUGAAUAAUAUAAGACCUUAUUAAAAAAGAUUUCAGAUGAAAAUUAUUUAUUUUAAGAAGAACUUAAAUAAGUUGAACAAUAGAAGAAGAAACUGACAGAAUCUCUAAGUAAAUAAGCCAUAGAAAUAAAUUAAAAAUUAGGAUUGAAUAUUUAAUUAAAACAAGAAUACUCAAAAUAGACUACUAAUACAAUUAAUGCAGUUACAGAUUACGCUAAUUAAAUAAUUGGAGAUUUCAGAUCUAAUUAUGAAAUUGAGUAAGAAAGAAAAAAAAGAUAAGAAUAGGAAAUUUUUAAAGAACUUAAAAUAUAAAGAGAUUAAAUGAGUUCAAUUUUUGAGGCUUUGGCUUCUUUAUCUAAAAAUAUGAAAUCAUAAAGAAAAGAUUCUCCUCCUUAUUAGACAGUAGAGACGCAAGAAAAACAUGUACCGUUCUCAUAAAUUUAAUAAUCAUAAUAGAUUAAGUCUAGUUAAAUAUCAUAGGAUUAAGAACAAGUUGUUGAAGUAAUGGAGAAAAAUAUUGAUAAAAUAGAUUUAUCAAUAAAAAGGUAAUAAGAAUGUUCGUAAGAUUAAUUUGACCAAGUUGAUUUGAAUAAUAAAGAGUAAAUUGAUGUAUUUUCUUUAUAUAAUGAUAAAUAACAAAAAGAUUUAAUUAAAUAGGUAGUUUAAACAGAAUAGAAUGAUUCAAAUUAAUAAGUAGAAUUCUUUGAAUAGCAAUUUGAAUCAUAAAAUGUGAAAGAUUUUGGAUUCACUGAAAAUGGUUAAGUUUAAUUACCUCCAUAAUAAUAAGUUGAAGUUAAAUUAGAUGAUGCUUUAGGAUUUGAUAAUAAGAACGAAAAUAAUAUAGGAUUUCCUAAUACAAAUACUGAAGAUCAUCAUGAAUUUAUUUAAUAAGAUGUUUAAUAAAUAAAUAUUUAAUUUCAAAAUCAAGAAGAAAAACAUUAAGUAUUUGAUAUUUAAUUUGAUGAUGGAUUUGGUGAUCAUUUUGAUAAUAGAAAUUCCAUUGAAUAAAAUCCGUCAAUACAUUUUGAUUAAAAUUUUGUGUUCGAAUAAGGAAUGAAACAAGCAGAUGAAGUUUAAAUUGAUUUUGAUGCUAAUAAAGAGUUUGGAGGUAGUGAUUGGGCCGGAUUUGCAGAUAAUUUUGUAAAGAGAUCUCCACAAUAAAGGGAAGAUUUCAAAACAUUUAAAUGGUGAAAAAUAUACAUAGAUAAUAUUAU